UAAUACGUCAACACUCCGGUGUGUCGUCCCUUCUGCCUCCGCAGGGGGCCAGCUGACUACCACCACCGAUGUAGAGAACUAUCCUGGGUUUCCCGACGGUAUACUGGGGGGUGAUCUAUGCACAGCCUUCCGCAAACAAAGCGCGCGGUUCGGUACUAAAAUCUACACCGAAACCGUGACCAAGCUGAAAAUAGGCACCUACACCACGGGCACGGCAGAUGACGGGGAUAGCGCAGACGGUGAGAGUGGGGAGCCCUACAACGACGGGUCAGACAGGCGGCAUCUGUCGGCUGUACACUUUAACGAGAACGAUGCGAUGUUCACCAUCACCACAUCAGCACGGGAGGUGCAGGCCAAGGCCGUUAUUGUAGCUACCGGGGCUACGGCUAGGCGGCUGUACUUUCCGGGUGCGAAUGAUAGUGAGUUCUGGCAGAGGGGAGUGUCUGCGUGUGCGGUGUGUGAUGGGGCGCUGCCUUUGUUCCGUAAUCAGCCGUUGGUGGUGGUGGGUGGAGGUGACUCGGCUAUGGAAGAGGCUAUAUUCCUAACCAAAUUCGCAUCAAAGGUUUACAUCCUGCAUAGACGCGAUACGCUGCGCGCAUCUAAGAUCAUGCAGAAGCGAGCGCAGAAGAAUGACAAGAUAGAGAUUGUCUACAACUCUGUGCCUGUGGAAGCCAAAGGAAACGAGUUCCUACAAAGCGUGGUGGUCGAGAGUACUACGGACAAGUCGAGGAUAGAGCUUGAGGCUGCUGGGCUGUUUUUCGCCAUUGGGCAUACGCCUGCAACGGCGUUUCUCCAGGGCCAAUUGAACGUAGACGAGGACGGGUAUAUCCUGACUGAGCCUGGGUCAACUAAGACUAACGUAGAAGGUAUCUUCGCAUGCGGAGAUGUACAAGACAGACAGUGGCGUCAGGCGAUCACCGCUGCAGGCAGUGGCUGUCAAGCGGCGCUACAGUGUGAACAGUACUUGAGCCAUGAACCUUUGCUGCCGGACGCACACUGGGCUACAGAUAGUAAUUAA